ACCGUUCAGCCAAUGACAAGCGGUGGUCCUGUUGCUAAUCCAAGAUGGCGGCGACCGUUACUCCGCCGGCGAGCGAGUUGAGGGAAAAGAAUGAAAAUAAGGAAAGUAACCGCGGGGAAGAAGCGGAGCAGGAAGAGGAAGACUUCUCGGAUGAUGAUCAGUGGUCUAACCCGGGUCUGGGGUCCGACGGGGGGAGGUCGGACCUGUUGGAAGACGACGAGGCCGCGUCGCAUCCGCGGACUCCCGAGGAGACGCUGGCCGAGCUGGAGGCCGAGGAGAGGGAGCAGCGGCUGGAGCGGAGCCGCCGCGAGUUCCGCAACCGGCGCAAGAUCAUCAUCAGGAACCUGCCGCUGGACAUCAUUACCCAGGAAGUCUAUGAAUUGCUGAGUGAGUAUGAUCUAAAAUACUGCUUCGUGGACAAGUACAAAGGCACAGCCUUUGUCACGCUCUUAAACAGGGACCAAGCAAACUCUGCCAUUGAGAAACUUCACCAGUCCACAUUGCGAGACCGAGAGAUUUCAGUCCAGCUGCAGCCUACCGAUGCUCUGCUGUGCAUUGCAAAUCUGCCACGCUCCUUCACUCAGCAGCAAUUUGAGGAGCUAGUGCGGCCUUUUGGGAACCUGGAACGAUGCUUUCUUGUGUACAGCGAGGUCUCUGGACACUCUAAAGGCUAUGGUUUUGUGGAAUACAUGAAGAAGGACUCUGCUGCCCGUGCUAAAUCGGAGCUGCUGGGAAAGCAGAUGGGUACGCGAACCCUCUAUGUUCACUGGACAGAUGUGAACCAACUAACUUUUGAUCUCACGCAUUCUAAGUGCCUGUGUGUAGACAAACUACCACAUGAUUACAAAGACCUGGAGGGACUCAGUCAAAACUUCAGCAGUCUCCAUCAACCAACCUACUGUCAGCUUGCUCAAGGCACCGAUGGGCAAUUUCGAGGUUUUGCUGUUGUGGAAUAUGAAACUGCAGACAAAGCAGAGGAUGUGCAGCAAGAGAUGGAUGGCAUAUGGGUUGGCGGCAACCACAUUCGGGUGUCAUUUUGUGCACCUGGGCCCCCGGGACGGAGCAUGCUUCCUGCCCUGAUAGCAGCUCAAGCUAUGGCAAUGAACCGUGGGAAAGGUCUUCUCCCGGAGCCUAAUCCCGUGCAGAUUCUGAACAGCCUCAAUAAUCCAGCAACACUGCAGCUCCUCUUAAACCCAUUAAUCCAUGGAGGAGCUGGUGGGCUGCAGGGACUUUUAGGAGUUGCUCCAACAAUGCCACUUUUGGGGAAUCCUGGUUUAAGUGCCGCCCUCCUGCAGUUGCUUUUACAGAGCCAAAAUCCAGCACAAAUCCAGCUUGGGAUUCUGGGUGAAUCUCCUUUAGCAGCUUUACAACAAAACCCAGGACUUGGAGGACCACCACAACCAGGAAAAGGACUUCUUGGUAAUUCGCCGUCAGGACUGAAUUCUGAAAGGGGACAUAUGAAUCCACCUAUGAUGCCAAUGCCAAACCAACAAUAUCAUGGACAAAUGUCGGCAGAUGCGAUGGGCAUGAUGGAGAAUCCAUCUCACUCUCGGCAAGUCUCCUCACCUCCAGCUUCUCUGCAAGGAAUCCCCACCUCCAUCCUGGGUUCUGUCCUCAAUGAUUUGAAGAAACAAAGGAACCAGAAUAUGUCUCAAGAGGCUGGCUUGGCUACAUCAGGGCCAUCUCUGUUGGGAGAGCCACCAAAAGAUCUGCGAAUGCCUCAAAAUCCAUACCUCAAUCUACGAAGUGUGUUCCCAACUAAUCUGUCUGGUAUGGAGCAAUCCAACACCAGUAAUUCAAUGUCCUAUGGGCACAGUACUGGUCUUCUGGGAAACUACCCAAGCUCCAGCCCCAGAAUUCAUCAUGGAUCUGGCAUCGGUGAUUAUCCGGAGACUGGAGGCAGUCAGUCGAGUUACGGCAGCAUGGAAAACUAUGAUAAUUACAACCAUUCUUACAGGGACUAUGGGCAGGAAAGAGAAAGAGAAAGAGAAAGGGAUAUGGACCAUUAUACGCCAUCAGGUGAUCCGAGAUAUCGAGGAUAUCCUUCCCGUGACAGGAGUGAGGAUAGAGAGCUGGAGAGAUACUCAAGGUCCCGUGACCAUGGCAUGGGAGGCAUGCGGAACUACGGACGUGAUCAUAGUGAUGAAAGGGAGAUGGAGCGAUAUCAACUUCCACUUGACUCUGGACUUGGAGGUUAUGAAUCUGACCAAAAUCAGCGAUCAACUCCAUGUAGCUACAAUGAUUUGGAACCUGCUACACCUCAACUGUACUCCAGCUCGCCCACAUCCUAUUUCACUAGUGGCCUAAGAGCGGGACUCCGACAGGGCCCCUCCUCCCAGGUGAACCCACUGCUGAGCUCCGGGGCAGGCCUCUUGGGUGCUCGUCCCUCUAACUCCCCACCAGGCGCCCUGCUGAAGACUCCACUGAUCGGUCACAAGCGGGGUGCCUCUCAUCUGAUCCCAUCACCUGAGCCCAGCCCAGAGGGAGGUUACAUCGGCCAGCACUCCCAGGGGCUGGGCGGCCACUACGCCGACUCUUACUUGAAGAGGAAGAGGAUAUUUUAGCUGGGGACCUGGCGUUUCCAUCUAGAAUGAUGCAGUUAUUUUUUUUUUCUUAAGGGUGUAAAUCUUGUAUAGAUAUUUUUAAUCUGUCAUUUUUGUUUUCUUUAAUGUUUUGGGGGAAGGGGACUAUCUUGUAUCUGAAGUGGGAUAUGCAUAAAGCUAGAACUUGCAGAACUGACUGAAUCAUGGCCCUGCAGCACUAGGAAUGGCAGCUCCACGAUGACCCAGUGUGGGUUUGCAGACAAACCUGCUCUGGGUCAGCAAGGGAGGAAACAGUGAGGUGAAGUUCACCGUACCUGUCUCCCGUCAACAACAACAUGGUCGUGAAGACCUGUCAAUGUGACAGGUGAGUAAACACCUCAACCGUGCAUGUAGUAUGUACGUUCUCUCUGCAAAUUUAAAACUGCGAAAUACCAUAUCUACCUUGCAACAAUAUCCACUGUGACAGACAAACCUCAUUUGACCCUGUCUCUGUGAAAGUGGCCACAUCGUGUGUGGUGCUGCAGGAGCAAAAUGUGCACUUUAUAUGUCAACAUUUUAACUGAGUAUUUUACUUCAAAGCCGGGAUUGUAAGCUGUAAUUUCUCUUUCGUAAUUUACAGUACUGUUUGGUUUAAGUGUUUCCCAGGAAGUGGAAUUCUUUUCGUAAGUUUUUUCCCUUUGUUUCAAUUAGCCCGCACCACAAAUUUUGGCUUUUAAGGCUUGUCAUGACUCUGUCUGGUCUGAAUUCCGGUCCUUGUGCAUACCCCUAACAUCUAUGGAUUUAUUUUUGGUGUUUUUCCUAAUUUUUCAUUUCAUUCUGUGAAUCAACUUUUGCCUUAAUUUAGAAAUUAUUUUUAAUCCAAUUUUUAGGGAAUUAUUUGCAGUGAAAGGGUUACAUGCUCAUCCUUUUUAACGUUUAAAAAAAAAAGACUGAGUGGUAGGGGUAACUUAUUUUCGUCCUUGCCGUUUCAUUUGGCGCAUGCAUUUGUGCCUGUGUUGGUUUCUUGUUACCGCAAGUUUGUUCUGCAAAUAUUUUAUGUUAAGUUUCUGAUGUCGGCUAAUUCGUGGUCCUUUUAUGUUGAGCAUUGCCCUGUGAGGCUUGGGCAAAAACCCUAAACUAGCAAAUACGGGACCCUAGCGUAAAUGUAAAUAAGAAAUAGUUUCAGCUUCUCAGAUACUGGCUCCAGGUUAAAGCUGCAGAAACUAGUAACCAGCUGUGCCGCUCAAUGUUUUCCAGUAAACAGGCCUGUUUUGUCUGAAGCUUGCAGCGGAAUAUCUCUUCUCCUAUAGUGCCCCUCUGGGAGUUGCAAAUUAAUUGGUUUCACUCAGCAUUUGUCUAAUUUGCUUAAUUUCAGCACAGCAGAAUUUAAAUCCUCUCGGCUUCCUUGAUCUCAUGAGAGAUCAUAAGAGCACGGUGUACAGCGAGAGUUACGGAAACGAUGAUUUUCAUCUGCAGGAACUUAUUAUCUUUCUCCUGCCCCCAAACCCCCUUCUCCCAACCCCCCCCCAAAAAUAAAUAAAAAAUGAAUGCUGGCAAUGGUUAAGGGCUGAGAAAUCUUUGUGUGCCAUUAGUUCAGGGAAGGGUGGGGAUUGCAGAAACUACAAAAUGUAGGCCCAAAAAAGUUCUGAUGGUACUUAAAUUGCGUGCGAAAAAACGCUUAUUAUGAAUUAAUAAAGACCUUUGUACCUACCUAGUCUGAUAUUGUUGCACCAAGUCCAACAACAUAUUUACUUUGUGCUUUGACUCUAACUUCAUCAUAUUACUGCAGGGACUUUGUGCAAUUACAUCAGGCAAGGCUCUAGAACAGCCAAACUAUCAGAUUCACUCUGAUAAAGUCCUAAUUUUGGGCUUGAUUCCCUGCCAUUGUGAGGGCUUAUUGCAAUGAAGAGUGGGUAUCCCAACAUCAACAAGGUGUUGCAGCUUCUCUUCAAUGAAAUGCUGGAGAGCAAUUCUGGAUACCAGCCCUAAGUAUCUCUUCCCCCCCCCUGUCCCCUCCUCUCUGCCAAUUGUGACCCCCUAGCUUGAUUCUCCCACUUUAGAUGGAGAUCAAGCUUCUGACUGCCUUGGUUCUUCUUCAAAGGGCAAUGGUUGAUGUUGACUCUUGAGUCAUGGUGAUUCACCAGUAGUUUGGCCUUAAACUGCAAGUGAAUGGGUUUGGUGUCUGAUGACCCCAGUUAAAUUGCUUGCCCCAAGGCUCCUGGUUGCGCUUGGAGGGAAUGACCGCGGCACUCCUAAGAAAUAAGGAGAGGAAUAAAACAGGUGACUUCAAUGUGUGCAGCAUGGAUCUGGAAUAAAUAUAAAGAACACAUUCCUUUUCAUACAUCUGUAGCAUCAUGGGGACAAAUGUUGUCUGUUUAGCCCUUUGGCCAUGCACAGAUGGAGGAGAAAUUCAAUGUCCUGCUAUCUUCAUCACGUGCAGUAAAACUGAGCAUGUGGGGAGGAGAUAACAGCAGAUGGGAGCCCAGAUCUGGAGGGUUGCAUUCCUUUUGUUCAGGUACAUCUGAACAUCCAGCUUCUGAGAGAUGUAAGAAAUAAUUAAUGGGUCUGAAAGGAUGAUAGUGUCUUAAUCAUUUGACCUAUGUUUAGCUGCAUAAUUAGUUAGAAAACAAAUGCAAUUUCAAGUAUGGAGAGUAUACGUUACAUCUCUAAUAAAAUUGAAAUUUUCUCAUG